GAAGUGAUUAAAGUUGCACUCAGACACUCGGCUUAGCUCUGGGCUGCAGCAGAGAGGCUGGAAUACAAAAAAAGAAGAUGGCACAAAUUGUUUAUGUCGUGGCCGUCUUUGUAUAUCUUGGAUUCCUGCACAGUGAAGUCAAUGGGAUAUACAUGGACAAGUUGGCAGAGAAGAAACUUUGUGCUGAUGAUGAAUGCGUGUAUGCGCUGUCUCUUGCUAAAGCGGAAGAUGAUUACAAUGCUCCAGACUGCAGAUUUAUUAACAUCAAAAAAGGAGAUCUGGUGUUCGUGUAUUCCAAGCUAAUAAAGCAGGAGGACGGUGGAGAGUUCUGGGCUGGAAGUGUUUACAGUGACCAAUACCGGGACCAGAUGGGGCAUGUUGGUUAUUUCCCUAGCAGCCUAGUUACAGAGCUUCACGUCUACCAGGAUUUAACCCAAGAAUUACCUACAACAGAUAUUGACUUCUACUGUGACUGAUAUGAGUGGCAAGUGGACGUGAAGAUCCUUAAAAGAAAUCUCUCUUGAUGCAUUUUCCAGUGAAUACCCAGAUGAACAGAUUAUCCACAUAGGAGAGGAGUGUGGUACUUUGUGAAACCAAUUUAUGAAAUUAAAUAUGUAGGGGUGAUUUAGUACAAGUACAUGCAAGGUAGGGUGCACAAUGCAAAAAAGGCCAUUUUUUUGUUUUUUGCAAUCUGCACCUUGCCCUGAUGUAGAUUAUAGCGCUCUAAAAUGGAAUCCAAGGACCUGUAUCUACCCCUGCAUAUAGUGCUGCUUGCAUUUGGCAGCUUUGUAUUUAAAGGAAAACUAUACCCCUGAACAACAUACUGUAGGUCUCUAUAAAAAUAUAUCACAUAAAAUAGCUC